GAGCGUAAAGCUGUGGGACCUGGAGAAGUUUAACAUGAUUGGAUCUUCAGAGGCCGAGACGGGAGCUGUGAGAAGUAUAUUGUUUAAUCCUGACGGCAGCUGCUUGUACAGAGGCUCUGAGAACACGCUACGAGUGUACGGUUGGGAGCCGGACCGCUGCUUUGAUGUAGUUCAUGUAGGCUGGGGCAAAGUGGCUGAUCUGGCCAUCAGCAAUAACCAAAUGAUUGCAGUGUCGAACAGUCAAACUAAUGUGAGCUGGUAUGUUGUGGAUCUCAACCGAGUUAAGAAGUCAGGAUCUGUGAUUCAAGGGCUGAUUCAGGACAAGCCGAUUCCAGUGCCCACAUCUGCACUGGGAACUACGCUUCGCAGAAAUUAUGAGCGACCAACUACAUCCUGCUCUGGACAAGAGAUGAAGCAGAGUUCAGAGGCCGAUCGCCGCAGUCCAGAAGGUGAGCGGAGAAGUCCCAGUAGUGAGGAUGAGAAAGACGAUAAAGAGAGCAGUGCAGAAAUCACAAACCAUGAAGAUUUCAAAGAAAUUUUUCAGCCUAGGAGUGUCAUCUCACGGACGCCUCCAAAAAAGACGGAACCUUUCCCAGCACCCCUAGAGCAUUCUUUCUCUGAGAGUGUACUAGAGAAGCCCGGACCUACAGUCAAGAUCGUAACUCCAGUUAUAGACAGAGCAGGACAGUUAAAAGCUCCCAUCAUCUCCUCUACUCCAGUUCAAAGAGUGGAACCUACUGUAAUCACUGCUGCACGUCCCGUGGUUACCACAUCUGUGCCCUCUCCAUCUCGUCCUGUGGUUACCAUCACCAAACCUAAACCCGGACCAGGAAUCAUCCUGUCAACACGCAAUGAGCCCAUUGGCCUUAAUGCCGGGGACUUCCUUUCUCAUGCACGAAACAGUAAAGCCAGUGUGAUGGGAGAUGAAGAGGCAUUAGCACAGAUCAGGAAGGGGCAUGACACCAUGUGCGUAAUGCUGACCAGUCGAUACAAAAACCUGGACACAGUACGCUCAGUCUGGGCCAGUGGCGAUGUUAAGAUUUCCCUGGAUUCUGCUGUUUCUAUGAAUGACCUCUCUAUUGUGGUGGACAUCCUUAACAUAAUUAAUCUUAAACCAUCUCUGUGGAAGUUGGACCUGUGCACUUCUAUACUACCACAGAUUGAGGAAUUGCUGCAGAGCAAGUAUGAAAGGUAAACCGUAAACAUGCCUUAGGCCAGUGGUCUCUAACGUGGUAGCCCAUGUGAACUUUGUGAGGUGCCCGCCAAGCACAGGGCUCAACAAAUAAAAGCUGCACAUGAAUGACGUUUGGGCUAUACCGAUGAAUUGAGUGGUUAAUUUUAAUCCGACAAGAAGAUAUGCGCAAUUAAAUAUGAUA